AUGUGCAAUGGCUUAUUUAUUGACAAAAAUGCUGAUGAGUCUUGGACUUUCCUAAUCAAAGUUUCUGAAAAGACUCGGCAGUGGGAGUCCAUUCGUGAACCUAGAAAGACUGCCCUUGUAGCUAAUGUUCAUAGGAUUGAGUCCGACUUUGAGGGAAAUGCGAAAAUUGCAUCGUUGGCUAGGAGAGUAGAAGCGUUGGAGCUGCAGAAGAAUGUGAAACCUUCUGCCACUACUCUCCGUGACCAUGUCGAAAUGUCUAUUUGUGCUUCAUGUAAUAGUUCUGACCAUCUAGUGGACAGUUGCCCAGAAAAACUUGCAUUUCAGGAAUCUAGACUUGAAUAA